GCCCUUUGGCCAAACAGUCCUUGCUGAAAUGUCAAUACACUGCCAGAACACUGGCUCACAGGGUUCAUCAUGAUUUCCAGGCAGUAUGUGGCUUUGUUUCUCUGCUUUCUGCUACUGAUCCCUCUUUCUCUGGAUGCAGUCUUUCUAAAGCAGGAAGAGGCAAGCAAUGUUUUGCAAAGACAAAGACGAGCCAACAGCUUCUUUGAAGAGAUAAAACGGGGGUCACUAGAGCGAGAAUGCAUAGAAGAAAGGUGCUCCUAUGAGGAAGCAAGAGAGAUUUACGGUGAUGUUGAAAGGACAGAAGAGUUCUGGCACAUCUAUUCCGACCCUAACCAGUGUGACUCCAACCCCUGUCAGAAUGGUGGGAUCUGUGAUGACCAGUUCCAGGAUUAUGUUUGCCGCUGUCCCGUCGAAUACGAGGGCAAAAGCUGUGAAAAAGCUGUGGCUGACAAACUGAAGUGCAUUUUUGACAACGGUGGCUGUGAACAGUACUGUACUGACAAGCAGUCCAAAACACGACUGUGCUUCUGUGAUGAUGAUUACACUUUAGCAAGCGAUGGCGUGUCCUGCAUCCCUCAAGUGAAAUACCCAUGUGGGAAAAUACCAGUGUUGGCAAAAAAAAAUUCAACUGCACGUGGAAGAAUAGUAGGUGGUUUCAUCUGUCCUCCAGGUGAAUGUCCAUGGCAAGCCCUUAUAAUACAGGAUCAGAAAGAAAAGUGUGGUGGCACACUGCUUUCCCCAGGGUGGGUGGUCACUGCAGCUCACUGCUUGGAGCGCGUUCACCCUAAACAGCUUCGGGUCAGACUGGGUGAACACAAAAUAAACGUUGAUGAGAAAACUGAGCAAGAAAGUGGAGUGGCCAGGAUGAUCAUUCAUGAAGAGUACAGGAAUGGACUGGUCAAUAAUGAUAUUGCCCUCCUGAAACUGGAAACACCCGUGAAUCUCACUGACCAUGUGGUGCCAAUAUGCUUGCCUGAGAAAAGGUUUGCUGUGUAUGAACUGUCCACCAUCAAGUUCUCCACAGUAAGCGGAUGGGGACGCCUAAUAGAUGGAGGUGCCGCCUCCUCUGUCCUGAUGAGAGUUGAUGUGCCACGUGUAAAGACACAAGAAUGUGAAAAGGAGACUGAUUUAAAUAUCACAGAGAAUAUGUUCUGUGCAGGAGACCUGUCUGGGGUGAAGGACUCCUGCAAGGGAGACAGUGGUGGUCCUCAUGCUACACGGUACAAGAACACCUGGUUUCUGACUGGGAUUGUCAGCUGGGGAAAGGGCUGUGCUGUUAAAGGCAGCUAUGGGGUUUACACUAGGGUAUCCAAAUACAUUGACUGGUUGAGGAAGCACAUGGACUGAUGAUGUUGAGCCACAGCACUUCCAGGUCGUGUUAUUGCCCCCCAGUCCCUCUGUACCAUCUUCCCAUUGAAGGAUUCCUUCAUUAUCUUAGAUAUUUGAUACAGACCAUACCCACAACACUAUUAAAGAUUUUAAGUGAGCCUAAGGCCUACUUGAACACGUAAAAUAA